GAGUGUGGCUGGACCAGGGCUCUGCUGCCCCAGCCAUGAGACAGCACACCUGGUUCCCCUUGCAGUACAUGCCCAAGCCCUUCUGGAGAGCAGAGAACCACAACACGACUAGCUUCUUCUCUGCACUGUACGGCUUCCCUAACCAGUCCUUCUUCCACAGUGACUUGAACCUGGAGGACCUGGGGGACUUUGAUAGCGGAGCCAAGUAUGAGGGCGAGUCCCAGAGCCGGACAGUGAAGGCGCUGCUGAUUGUCGCCUACUCUGUGAUCAUCUGCAUCUCUCUCUUUGGCAACAUCCUGGUGUGCCACGUGGUCAUCAAGAACAAGAGGAUGCACUCUGCCACCAACCUCUUCAUCGUAAAUCUGGCUGUUGCUGAUGUGAUGAUCACCACCCUGAACACCCCCUUCACACUGGUGAGGUUUGUGAGCAGCACCUGGGUUUUUGGAGAGCUGAUGUGUCACAUCAGCCGGUUUGUUCAGUACUGCUCUGUCCACGUGUCUGUGCUCACCCUCGCUGCCAUUGCACUGGACCGGCACCAGGUGAUCAUGCACCCUCUCAAGCCACGCAUGUCCAUGGUGAAAGGAGGAAUUUGCAUCAUCAUCAUCUGGGUUAUGGCCAGCUGCUUCUCACUGCCCCAUGCCAUUUAUCAGACUCUGACAAGGUUUUAUAUUGGAGACAGAACCAUCCGAAUGGUCUGCCUCCCCAGCUUCCCUCCUCCUGCUGAUCUUUUCUGGAAGUACUUGGACCUGACUACGUUUGUUCUCUUGUAUGUUCUGCCCUUGCUUGUGAUCUCCAUCACAUACACCAUAGUGGCCAAAAAGCUCUGGCUGAGGAACGCCAUCGGGGACCUCACCAUGGAGCAAUACUACGCCCAUCAGAGGAAGAAGAAGAUGACGCUAAAGAUGCUGAUGGUGGUGGUGGUUGUGUUUGCCGUGUGCUGGUUCCCCCUGAACUGCUACCUGGUGCUGAUCUCCUGCAGGGCCAUCCACAGCAGCAAUGCUCUGUACUUUGCUUUCCACUGGUUUGCCAUGAGCAGCACCUGCUACAACCCCUUCAUCUACUGCUGGCUGAACGAGAGCUUCCGCGCGGAGCUGCGGUGCCUGCUGUGCGUGUGCCGCCGCAGGAGCACGGCUCAGGGCCAUGCUCUGCAGCCCAUCUCCCCCCUGUUCCACAGGGCCAAGGCUGAGAACUGCCCCUGCAAAAGAAGCAGCACGUGCCAGAAGGCACAGACACCCUCCCAGAGGAACUCUGCAAGGACGGACAUAUCCAGCGUGCAGCCGAUCGUGGCAGAAAGCUGAACCUUUCAUCUGACAGCUGGGCAGCAUCACACAGGGAUUGCAAAAUCAUGGGAAAAUGGGUUUGGAAAGGGCUCUGGAGACCAUCAAGACAACCAACAGCAUGCAAACUUCAACCUUUGACUGGGUCAUUCAGGACCUUGUUCUCUCAGGAAUCAAAAUUCUCUAGGGAUGAGUUGCCCACUUGUGGGCUCCAGAAUGAGGAGUGUUGAGUGAAUUUUUCAUUGGAACAGUCAGCAAAAAUGAAAAGAAUUAUUUAACAGCACACAAAGCCUUUCAUGGUCUAAGCAAACAUGGGGAAG